GGGGAGAGGAGUGGGGCCAUGCAGAUCCAGUCGUCCGGAUCACAGUCCAAAGCUUCCAGCUUCAUCCUCAGUCAGAGAUGUGUGCUGGCCUCCAAAAUGGAACCCCACCGUGAACAGAGUAUCUGCCAGGCACGAGCCGCUGUCAUGGUGUACGACGACGCCAAUAAGAAGUGGGUCCCAGCUGGAGGGUCCACGGGCUUCAGCAGGGUCCACAUCUACCACCAUACGGGCAACAACGCCUUCCGCGUAGUGGGACGCAAGAUCCAGGAUCACCAGGUGGUGAUAAACUGUGCCAUUCCCAAGGGGCUGAAGUACAACCAGGCUACGCAGACCUUCCACCAGUGGCGGGACGCCCGGCAGGUCUACGGCCUGAACUUCGGCAGCAAGGAGGACGCCAACGUGUUUGCCAGUGCCAUGAUGCACGCCCUGGAGGUGCUCAACUCCCAGGACUCAGGCCCCACAUUGCCCAGACAGGGCCCCCAGGUUCAGAAUGGCCCCACGCCAGAAGAGAUGGAGCUGCAAAGAAGGCAGCUUCAGGAGCUGCAGAGGCAGAAAGAGAUGGAGCGGGAGCAUCAGGAGCGAGAGCGUCAGGAGAAGGAGCGCCUGGAGCGAGAGAUGCUGGAGCGCGAGCGUCAGGAGCGUGAACGUCAGGAACAGGAACGUCAGGAGCGUGAGGCGCAGGCUGAGCGGGAGCGCCUGGAGCAGCAGGAGCGCAGCGAGCAGGAGCUGCUGGAGAAGGCUGAGAGGGAGCAGCAGGAGCAGUUGGACAGAGAGCAGCAGGACUGGGAGAGAGGGAGACGCAUCUCCAACGCCGCCUUCGAAAGCACCCUGUACACUCCCACGCCUCAGGAGUACAGCAGGACGUCAUCCACACCUGUCUCCCCAUCCACGCCCACCUACCCAGCCCCCGGGACGCCCUCACCCUCCUCCACCACGCCACCAACCCCGCCUCUAAGGCAUUCGGCUUCCAGAUUCGCCACCUCUCUUGGUUCUGCCUUCCACCCAGUCCUGCCUCACUACGCCACUGUACCAAGGCGACAGCAAGCCUUCCCCCAAGCCCCUCCUACUGCUCUGGCCCCCGCCCCCCCCACCCCUCCUCCACCCAAGUCUGUGGUGUGGUCAGCGAGCAACUUCACUCCCCUGCCACCCUCACCCCCUGUCAUGAUAAGCAGUCCCCCAGGGAAAGCUGCCGGUCCGCGGCCCCUCAUCCCCAUUGCAGCACCUUCCCCUCUCACCCAGAAGCCCCCCUCUCCGGCCCCCAACGGCCCGCCCAUGUUCCCUGCACCUUCUCCCGUGACCAUCCUGCACAGCCACACCCCUAUCAGCAACGCGCCGCCCCACCCCGCCUCCCCCACCUACCCGCCCCCUCUCCCUCCCCCAAAGCUCCCCCUCCGUCUUCCUCCUUCGUCUCGUCUUCCCCCUCCUCAUCCCAGGCUCCUGGUGCCCUCUCCCUCCACAGCGCCCCCUGCUGCUGCCGCCGCCGCCACCUCUGCCUCUGCUGAGCACCUCUCCCUCCACGUGGGCCUGGGCCUGUCGGGGCCGGGGGAGCCGGACACAGCUACAGGCCCAGAGGGGGGCUCCUCCUGUCAUCCCCCGCCCCAGGACAUGGUGCAGACCCCAGGGUUGACCACCCCCACCCCUCCCCCACCUCCACCCCUGCCACCCAGCUCCACUGUGACCUCCAUCCCCUCCACCCCAGUCGGCCACCCUCCCCCUCCCCCACCUCCUCCACUCCCUCCUACACUGACUCCAGGCGGGACCCCCCCUCCUCCCCCAGGUCCCCCUCCUCCUGGAGCCCCCCUCCCUCCCCCGGCGCCUCCCCUUCCCGCCGGACUCUUCUGCCCUGCCGAGGAGCGUCCCGUCUCAGGACUGGCUGCCGCCCUCGCCGGAGCCAAACUGCGCAAAGUGCCAAGGAGUGACGAUGCAGGGGCUGCUCUGGCAGCAGCCAUGUUGGGGGCUGGAGGGGCCGCGGGAGCCAAAUCUGAAGCCAGAGGCAACGGCCUUCUGCCUGGAGGAGGAGGGCUUAUGGAGGAGAUGAGUGCCCUAUUGGCCAGAAGGAGAAGAAUUGCAGAGAAGGGCUCGUCACCUGAACCUGACCAGAGAUCAGAGGAGGGGGGCGAGAUCAACACAACCCCUAAAGUGUCAGCCUGUAGCACACCAGACAUGCCCAGGAAGCUAUGGGAAAGAACAAACACCAUGAAUGGUAGCAAAUCUCCAGUCAUCGGAAGACCUAAAUCCACUCCUACACCUACUGCAUCCUUAAGUGCCAACGGUGUGCCAACAGAAGCUGUUGACUAUGACAGAUUAAAACAGGACAUUCUGGAUGAGAUGAGGAAGGAGCUGUCAAAGCUAAAAGAAGAGCUCAUUGAUGCAAUCAGGGAGGAGCUGGGGAAGUCCAGCACGGCGUAGAGGAACCAAACUCCCUCUUCAAAACAUGGACAUCCACGCGACCCGACGGACAAACCCCCGGUCAAUUUAAGACAUGACAGAAAGGAAAAUAAAAUCAACCGACGGUGAUGAUGACAAUAAUCAUAUUAAUACUGAGAGAUGACAUUAUUGGACAGAACAACAAUGGACAGGGAGGCUUGUAACUCUGAGAGCCUGCUGCCCCCGCCCCCUCCCACUGAGGGCAUCGCAUCCUGGAGGACAGUGUCUGAAACAGAAGCAAAUGUCUUUAUGCAAAGUAGAUUUCUCCCUCCUUGUCCUAUAACAACAAGAAAGAAAAAGAAACACAAAACAAUCUUGAACUCUUCUAUGACUCUGUAUUAACCAUUGGCGCAUAAGUGAACAGCAAUGGUGAUGCUAAGAAUCAGAACUCUUGUGAUGUAAAACGAAUGAAAAGGCACGUUUAAUUAAGAGAGUUGGGAGGCAGGAAGAAUGGGGGAUGGAAAAUAUCAACUUUUUUCCCAUAAUGCCAUAGGGGUAGGGUGCGUGCGUGCGUGCGUGCGUGCGUGUGUGCGUGUGUGUGUGUGUGUGUGUGUGUGUGUGUGUGAGUGAGUAUGAGUGUGUGUGUAUGGGGACUGACAGUCUCUGGUGAAGUCCACCACUGCAGGACACUGUAAAGCUUGUCUUCCUCAAAUACUAUUUUAACCUGAAUAUGUACAAAAGAGAGAAAAAGUUAUUUAGAAAAAAGCAUCUAUCCACCAUGUCUGUCGCCGUGUAGAGCUACGGCCAUAUCAAGUAGCUGAAUAAUCCAAUCUUUAAACAGGAUGCUCUCUCGUCUGUGGAAUCAUAAUCACAAGUGCUGUUGUCUCCCGUCAUGUCUUUGUCCAUGCUGUUGAGUGGCAGGUGGACGGACACGGAGGGCAGCUGCCAAUCACACGGCAGCCGUCAUAGCUCUCUACCAAACCUUCUCUGGCAACGCAAAGUGCUGAUUGGCUGAUACCUGUCAUGCUAGUUGACCAUGGUGACGUGACGUGUAGCUAGAACUGACUUUUCUUCCUGUACGUUUUGGUUUGAAGACUCCCUGGGUCUCUGUCAUGUUUGUCAUAUUUAGGUACUCUGCAUGCAUGAUUGUUUUCUCUAAACGCUGAGGGUCACAAGUCUGCCACGGAAUGACAUUAGCUGUCACAAGUUUUAUAACAAGCAAUAAGUGUAGCAUCUAUUUGAAGGCCCACCUGUCCCAGUCCUAACACCACCAAACAUGUCUCCAUGUCUGUCUGUCCCCAUUGGACAAUGUUACUGCGGGACACCUCGCCACUUCUCGUCAACUGUAUCGCAGAUAUUCUGUGACCCUGAAGGCUGACAGGACACAAUACCAGAGCAACACUGUAAGACAUGAUUUCAUGGAAUAUCAUAAUUUUUUAAGUCACAAUACUCUCCUUUUUGUUUUUGGUUAAUUUUCUAUUAAGUAUUCCAAGGAUACUGUGUCUUUUUACCCUUUAUUAUUAAGUGUUAUUAUUUUACUGCAUUUAUAAACUUAACCUUUUGGAAGGUGCACAGGACAACCCAAAUGUGUGAGAGAUGGUGUCCAUAUGAGGACAUGAAUGUGCCAUUUACUAUUUCUAGUGCUUAAUGUUUCAUCUUCUUUUCUCCUGCCAAUGUCAAAUCAUUAACAUGAGAAACUGUAUUUCACAAAAAACUUUAUGUCACGUUAUUCUAAAAACACUUCAGUGCUGAGUUUGUUUCACUAAAAGUACAAUCAACCUGAGAGGGAUAUGUUGGAGCUGUAGUUAAUGUCUAUGUCCCACUCUGUCCUGGUGAGACUCUGCGGAUAUGUCUCUCUCUGUGGGCUUUACAGGACAACAAUCUUUUGACUUUCCAAAGGAAUCCAAGGUGAUAGGAUAUCUUGAACCGGUUCUCAAAUGAUGCUUUAUGUUUUAGCAUCUACAGCGUGUGGUAUCUUGACUGUUCCAUGUAUUAUAAUUGAGAACUUACAAGGCAAUACAGUGUGCAUGCUAUCACCACAAUUCACCCAUUUCAUAUUUAUUGCUUUCAUAAAGUUGGGAGACUUGCAAUUGGCCUAUUUUGAAAAAGAAUGUUGGCUGAAAUAUCCUGACUUUUAGUCCUACAAUUCCCAUAAUUCAACUCCAUAGCAUAUUUUCAUUUGACGCUCCCUGCCUGAUAAAUGAAGACAUCUUUCAAACGCCACACUCCCACUUUGUAAUGUUAAACAUGUAGUCUCCAAGCCUAGGCCGAGAUAACUCUAGUGACAUCACUAUGAUGUCAUCACGGUUAUUUUCUCAGACUCGACAAAGCCUAUCAAGAAGCACAGAAGACAUUAUACAACUGUUUUCACUGUCUGAUAGGAGAGCCCCUUUAUUAUGAUGGGGAGAAGCAGCUACCGCGAGCCAAGGGUUGGUUAAUCAGUGGCUGUGUUCUAUGUAUAUGACGAUGUUCAAGGGCUCGGAUGUUUGAAGAUGAGAAGUCACAGAUUUGAGAAAGUUGCUCUCAUUUGCUUUGGAUUAGGUCAAGUUUGUUUAAUACUGUGAUGAGAAAAAUGAAUGGGUUAAUUAUGGUCAGGUCUGUUUCAUGCUCUCUCUCUCUGUCGAUAAAGUCGUUUCCUCUUCUCAUCCACUUUUCCAAAUGGAGACCCUGACCCAGCCAUGAGGCUCCCUGUCCUGAGUUUUUACAUCCACUGCACUUUAAGAGCAAACUCACAGAGCAAUCCAACAUGCUCUGACAACAUAGCCUCUGUCGCAAACAGUGUGGCUUCCUCACCAAAGGAUUCAACUAAACAUAAUCACUCUCAACAAAGUCGCCUUUCUGAUUUUUGUAUCAUUUUGACGAGAAUAAGAUGUCUGUCUCUAUAUUCAGUCCGUGAUGGCAGGUGAAAUGUUGUGAUCAAGACAAACUCUUUGUGAUGCUGUGUGGUUUGUGCCUUGUUCCGAAGUUGCAUUUAUUAUGUCAAAGACAUAAAGAUGACUAGUAAUAAUAUCUAGGGACUGUCAUUAUGAUCUCAUGCAGUUUUUAUUAAGUUUGGCUUUGUUUUUUAUUUGAAGGGAGAAUUUAUUGACCUUGGUACUGUUCCCCGCAAAGAAAAUGUCUUUGCACCAAGAUCUUUGUUUUUUCCAUACAUGUGAUUUAUUUCAAUACUGCUGUGAGGUUGCUUUUCUAACAGCUCAGGAGUACAAUCAAGCGUUGAGAAAUGAGGCCUGGAAGGGUUCAAAGAUGAGCUUCGCUCUGACAUGAUUUUUCUAAACCUGAAGUCCAGAUGAGUCUGACUGUGUGUGUUCUGCAUCUCAGCUUUCUUUACACGCUUAGAAAUCUGUAGUGACGUCUGCCCCAUGCUGAUGUCAGAUUACUGAUGGAAACAUUUAUCUUUGUCCUUCAACCCAGUUUUCUGCCGAGGGAACUGAUGCAUUUGGCUGAAGUGAGAUUCCAGAUUUAUUCUUUUCUCAUCUGCAUUGUACCAUACUGUUCUCAUGUUAGUUAGUCUUUUCUUACAUGCUAACAUUGAUUUGUUUGAGCAAAUUAAAUAAAAAUUGCAGUACAAGAA